AUAUUGUUGCAUUGAGUGUCGUCUGUGUUUUGUAAAAAGGAAUUAUAAUAAUAUACAUUAAUUACUUUAUUUCAUAAUCAAUCUAGUUUAAAAAUGGGUUGCGAUGGUGGUACUAUACCUCGGAGAGACGAACUCGUUCGUAUGAAAAAGAAGCCUGAACAAAAAGACAAAGAUGCAGAACGCUCAUUCAAGUGGCGCAACUGUGCGUUGUCGCAGCAGCCUCUGCAGGAGCCAAUAGUCGCCUGUGGACUGGGAAGGCUUUACAGUAAAAGCUCUGUACUUGAAGCCCUAUUGGACAAAGAGACGAAACCUGAAUCUAUCAAUCACAUUAAAAAUCUCAAGGAUAUCAAAGACCUACAGCUGGUAAAAAACCCAGCAUACGUAGCAACAGAACACACUGAAGGCACUGUUGGAGAUGGCAGCGCACCCUACAUCUGUCCGAUCAGUGGACUUGAGAUGACGGGCAAAUUCCGCUUCGUGUUCCUGUGGAGCUGUGGCUGUGUCUUGGCUGAGAGGGCUUUGAAGGAGGUCAAGCAGAAUAUCUGUCAUAUGUGUCAACAACCUUUCACUGACAACGACAUUGUAGUACUUAACGGAACAGAAGAUGACAUCGAAAAACACAAAGAAAAGAUGGCUGUGCGUGUUGCCAACCGAAAGAGCAGUAAAAAGUCCAAGGCAGGCAAAGUUGAAAUUAAAGUUGAACCAUCGACAUCUACUGUCACAUCAACCACUGAUAGUUCAUCUACCUCAGUCGAUGCCAGCAUAAAAAAUGAAAAUGAAGUAAAAGAAGAACCACAAGCUGGACCAAGCCAGGCAACUAAAAAAGAAAUGGUUGAUACAAUCCCACUGUCAUUACCAAAAUAUAAUCCCAAUAAGAUAGCUCGGGGACACUUUGGGUCAAGCAAAAGGGCACAUCCAACGGAGCUUGUGGAAGACCCUUCAUAUAAAAAGACUAAGAAAACAUACAGUAUAGCAAAGGACCCACAGUCAAGUGAGGUGUACAAGUCUCUGUUUACUUCUCACAAAACAGAUCAGGAGCAGCAGAGGGCUCACUGGGUUACUUAUAAUCCAUUUUACAAUUGAUACACUCAUUAUUAUUUAGAUUAAUGCCCGUUUUCACCAUCAAUCCCUUAUUUUUAAGUGACUCCUGUGACAACAAAAUUCCUGUUAUUUGUUACCAUAGGGUUCACUUAAAAAUUAGGGAUUGAUGGUGAAAACGGGCAUAAUACACUACAGUUGCCGCGAAUAAUCGCUAUUAUUCGGUAUUCGGCAUUACUCGACAUUUUUUUGAUAUUCGUCGAAUACCGAAUGGUAGCUAGUAUUAUUCGGCAUUCGGCGAAUAGUCGUCUAAAAUAAACUUUUCGUGAACAAAAAAACUAAUGAGUUAAAAAUAAUAAUAUUUUUAUUAUU